AGUAUGUCCGUAUUUGAUAACUACGUCCAUAUUAGUAAGCCAGAAGUCUCUCUCUCUAUAUAUCACAGUGCUAUGUUCCAGCCGACCAAAAUUGAUUCUGGUGUGAUCUGGAUGAUUUUUGCCUCGAAAUUUACCUAUCCCUGAACGGCAUCUCCUGUCGGCUAUCUGGAAAGUGAAGGAUGAGAUAAAGUAUUACGCCAGAGGCCUACCUGACCUGUUCUUCUAUUUCAAUCCCAAUCGUUUGUUGCUUUUUCAUUUUAUUGUUUUAUAGUUGUACUUUUCUUGUAUUAUAAUUCAAUUAUUGUUGCGUCUGAUAUGGAGAAAGUUUCUUUUUCCUCUUCCCCUUGUUGUUAAUAUUAAAGAUUGAUUACUAGGCUUGAAAAUUUUGUGGGGUUGUUGAAUUUUCUGUGAUGGGCAGUUUAGAUAGUGGGAAAUUUCAAGAAAAGAUGGGAAAUUGGGAAGAAGCUUUUGAUCGCUUUGAACAAGUGGUUGCUUCUGGGUCUGAGACUAUGCAAGUAAAGGCUAUAAUGAAGCUUGCCCAUUUCACUGAUAGUUUUCCUGAAGAUGUGUUAGCCAGGACUAUUCCAAUCCUUGCCAAAAUUUUUGAAGAAAAUAAUGGCAGUUUGCCUGUGCAACAAGCGGCUGCUUAUUGCUUAAAACAAAUUGCUUCACGAGGGGAUGGGCCUGGUAGUAUGUUGACUAUUGAGAUUGGUCAGUCUGGUGUUGCUUGUGCUGUGUUAAGGUUAUUGCCACAAGCUGGCAAUGGUUUUCGAAGAGCUCUUGUUAAAUGUUUAAACACUCUUGUCACAUUUGGGAAAGUAAAUCGGGUGAUUUUAGCUAGCAACGGUGGGGUGGAGAUUGUUAUUGAUAUGUUGAAUUCGUGUCAUGAUGGUACUAGGAGGUAUUUGUUGGAGAUUUUGAGUGCGUUGACCUUGUUGAGAGAGGUUCGGAGGGCACUUGCUGCUCUAGGAGGGUUAAGAUUUCUUGUUGAGGCUGCUCAGAUUGGCAGUAUGGUUUCUAGAGAAAGAGCCUGUCAAGCAAUUGGGUUGCUUGGAGUUUCGCGGCGCGCUAGGCAUACUUUUGUUGAAUUGGGAGUGAUUCCGGUUCUUGUGGAGUUGUUUAGGAUUGGAGAUAGUUCGUCAAAGUUGGUGGCUGGUAAUUCUCUUGGUGUGAUAUCGGCUCAUGUUGAUUACAUUAGGCCAGUUGCUGAAGCAGGGGCUAUUCCCUUAUACGCUGAGUUACUUCAAGCAAUUGAUCCUAUUGGCAAAGAAAUUGCUAAGGAUGUGUUUUGUAUAUUAGCUGUUACUGAAUCGAAUGCAGUUUCAAUAGCUGAACACUUGGUGAGAAUUCUUAGAGAAGGUGAUGAUGAAGCUAAAACUGCAGCUGCUGAUGUUCUGUGGGAUCUGUCUGGUUACAAGCAUUCAACUUCAGUUUUUGGAAGCUCGGGCGCAAUCCCAGUCCUAGUUAAUCUUUUGAGUUAUGAAAAUGAUGAAGUCAAGGAGAAGGUAUCUGGGGCUAUUGCCCAAUUAAGUUACAACGAGCAAGAUCGAGUAGCACUUACCGAUGCAGGGGUAGUACCAAUUAUGCUUGAGUUGCUGCAUGAUGAAUCUGACGAGCUGAGAGACAAUGCUGCAGAGGCUCUUAUAAAUUUUUCUGAAGAUCCAUUGCAAGAGGAGCAAAUAUCCGGAGCAAUUGGUGUUGCAUCAUUUCAGAUUAUGCAAAAUAGGUUGAUCAGACUUCGCAUUUCUGACGAGCAUGUGGCUAGGUCCAUGAGACGGAUGAGCAUCGAUUCACUGACUUGGGACCCUGAUCUUCUUUUGAACAGACCCAACUCUUCUGCAUAUUGCUUUUGAAGUUGCUUGAGGAUUUCUUGUGUGACUUCUGCAUCAUUCAUGAACCAAAAUUUUGCUCAAUGAAGCAGAUUAUUUUUCAGUAA